AUGAGUUUAGAUGAAUUGCAAGGCACACUGACAGCAUAUGAGAUGAGGAUGGUGAAGGUAAAACCUACCAAAAAGGAAGCUGCAUUCAAAGCCAUGAAGAAACUCAAAAUUAAGCAAGAAAAGAAAGGUAAGACCGAUGAUUCAGAUGAAGAUAUCCAUGAAAGUAAAACCAAGAAAGGUAAAGAGAAGGUUGUUCCUAGAAAAGGCAACUACAGGAAAAGAAGCUUAAUUUCAAAAAGGAGCAAUACCUCUUCAGAAGAAACAUCAGAAGGUGAAAAUUCAGAUAAUGAAGAAUAUGAGACACUUUUCAUGGCAUUUGGAAGCAAAAGUCAAAAUAAAACAGUUGAAAAAUCUGAUGAAGAGGAAGAGUCUGAGGAACUUAAAGUGGAGAGAAAGAAGAGCAAAAAGUUUGUAAAACAGUUUGAAGAGCAAGAUGAACUGAUCAGUCAAGUAAAGCUUGCCAUUGUGGAGACACAGAAGAUAACUGAUGAUAUUAAUAGCAGUCUUUCGUUGAAGAUAGAAGACUGCAACAAAUUGGAGGAACAAAUUGUUAUGUUGAGGAUAGAGAUUGAGAAGCUAAAGAAGAAUGAUGAUCCAACUCCUACAACCCCAUCAGUUACUAUACUGAAGAGAAAAGAUAAGGAAGUGAGCACACAGAUAAUUGAGAUAGAUCAUCCACCAUCUAACAAAGGACAGAGUAAUAUACUUGAUGAGAUCCUUAGCUUUCAGAGGUCACCACAGCUAAAGUUUGGUCUUGGUUUUGAAGGAAGUUCAUCUGGAAGUGAGAAGACUAAAGGUAAGGGCACUGCUGGGAAUCCAGCGAGAUUUGUUAGUGAAAAAUCGAAGAACUCUAAUCUUGAAAAGUUUACUAAGAAGAAAGUUGACAGAGAUGGAUUCACCACAAUUUGUAGAAUGCAAAAGACAGGUCAAGCCUACAAAUUUCAUAAGCAGGAACAGGCACACAGUAAACCAUCACCGUGGAUUCUUGAUAGUGGAUGCUCUACUCAUAUGACAGGUGAUAAAGAUAAAUUUCUGAAUUUGGAACAUGUUGGAAAAGGCUUGGUUAGAUUUGGAAAUAAUGAUGGCGCUAGAGUUGAAGGAAAAGGAAAAAUCAGAUUAUAUAAUGAACAUAUUUCUUCUAAUAAUGCCUUGUAUGUUAGUGAAUUGAAACACAACAUCUUGAGUGUCAGUCAGUUAUGUGAUAGUGGCAAUGAAGUUCUAUUCACCAAAGAUGGGUGUGUGAUCAAGAAGACAAAGAAUGGGAAGAUUGAGGCACAAGGAUCAAGGACAGCUUGUAAUCUCUAUGCACUUUUUGAAGGUCUUGAAGAAAUGUGCAUGAUAAGUAAGAAAGGGGUACUUCUCGAUGACAACUUUGAAGUACUCAAAGACAAACCUGAAGUUAUUACUCCACAAGCACAAUAG